AUGCGAUAUGGAAAGACAUUCAAGUCACUUCAGAUCUCUUUGCGAAAACUGAUCGCUAACAUGAGAAGAUGUCUUGUACAGGAUCCGUUCCAGAUUGACGAUCUCUCCGUGGAUACGCCCUCCUGUGCUCCUCGGCGAGUGACAUCGCUAACGAAUACCCGCCGAAAGGUUACCGUAUCCGGAUGGCACAGAUUUCAGCUGCUAACUAAGGCAGUUUACAAAGAUGUCCACCUCAGAAUAUCUUCCAACAAGGCGGAAUCGAUGUUCAUUGCGCCAUGGAGAUGCCGUUCCAUCAUAAUAGACAACGUAAGGUCCUGUCCUGCUAUGGUGUUAGGACCUACCCAUGGUGUGGUGAUUCUACGAGAGGGCUUACCUGAAGAAAUGGAAGCAGCCAAUCUUCGAGCUACCCGAUACAGUUCAAGCAGGCACGUCAUUAAUCUCGACGAUUCCGACGUAUCAACGCUGGCUGCAAGUGACUUCUACAUUCAACCAGUUCCGAUAGUGAACAACGACAAUGACGUGAAGGACCUUCUACAGAAGCUCCCACCAUUCUAUCGCGUCCAAUGGGAAAGCAGAGUCACAGAAUCUAAGACAACUUUGUCUGAAAGCACUUCAGGGCUGCCACUGAAGAAAAGCGAUCUGAUAUAUCUACGAGGGAAAAUUGUCAGCGAAAGAUGA